UUAGGGGAAGGAGGGCGGAGGCGGAGGCCAGUUCCCUAGCUCCAGCCGCCGUCGCCGCUGCCUGUGUAGUUGCAGCCGCGGCCGCCUCCCGCCAGCUCGCUCCGGGGAAAGAGAACGCGCGCGAGCUCGGGCGUCCCCGCCCCAGCCCUUCCCGGAGCCAUGAAUCCCAACUGCGCCCGGUGCGGCAAGAUCGUGUACCCCACGGAGAAGGUGAACUGUCUGGAUAAGUUCUGGCACAAAGCAUGCUUCCACUGCGAGACCUGCAAGAUGACACUCAACAUGAAGAACUACAAGGGCUACGAGAAGACCCCCUACUGCAACGCACACUACCCCAAGCAGUCCUUCACCAUGGUGGCUGACACCCCGGAAAACCUCCGCCUCAAGCAACAGAGCGAGCUCCAGAGUCAGGUGCGCUACAAGGAGGAGUUUGAGAAGAACAAGGGCAAGGGCUUCAGCGUGGUGGCAGACACACCCGAACUCCAGAGAAUCAAGAAGACCCAGGACCAGAUCAGUAACAUAAAAUACCACGAGGAGUUUGAGAAGAGCCGCAUGGGCCCCAGCGGGGGCGAGGGCCUGGAGCCUGAACGCCGGGAUGCCCAGGAACGGCAGCAGCCGCCCCACCACAUCCCAGCCAGCGCCCCGGUUUACCAGCAGCCCCAGCCGCAGCAGGUGGCUCAGUCCUAUGGUGGUUACAAGGAGCCUGCGGCCUCGGUCUCCAUACCACGCAGUGCCCCAGGCGGGGGCGGGAAGCGGUACCGCGCCGUGUAUGACUACAGCGCCGCGGACGAGGACGAAGUCUCCUUCCAGGACGGGGACACCAUCGUCAACGUGCAGCAGAUCGACGACGGCUGGAUGUACGGGACGGUGGAGCGCACCGGCGACACGGGAAUGCUGCCGGCCAACUACGUGGAGGCCAUCUGAGCCCCCGGCCCCGCCCCGCCCCCGGCCGUCUCCAGUGCAUUCCACGCCAUCGCAUCUGUCCUGGGCGGACCUGUCCACCCUUCAGUGUCUCUGUUUUUUUAAAUCUGCGACAGCUUGUUUAUUCCCACCCCCCUCCAGCUUCUCUUGCCAACUGAAGCCUUGUUCUGCCACUUUCGCGGGCUCUUCCUCUGGCAGGUUUUCCCCUUGACCAACUUCUCGGUUUUCUCUCUGGACGGAACAGGUGUGGAGCUCUGGGGCGGGUAGCAGGGGCUGAGGCCCGGGGAGCUGGUCUGGGAUUGGAGACCCGUUGGCUCCCAGGCCUCUGCCUUCUCUCUUUCCUGCCCCCUCAGACCUUCCUGCCCUCCUCACACACCCCAACUUUCCAGGACUCCCAGGGGAGGGGCUCCAUGCAUUCCCAGAUGGGACCCCACCACCCUUGCCCCUGGGAGGGGCUUUGCCUCUGCUUCUCAAAGACAGGGCUGCCGGCCCUCCGAGGGGGCCCCUCACCACCCUCUCCCACUCUCAAGGACCACAGAGGAGGGUAGAGUUCCCGCGUUGGGGUUCAUUCGUCCCUCCCCACAUGUGUUCCUUCUCACACUGUGAUUUCGCUCUCCUGCCCACGCAGAGCCGUGUGGGCGAGGAGCUCCCCAGGAAGCACGGCUUGAGUCAAGUGCUCUCGCCUUUCUUACUUUUAGGGACAGCUGCAGGAAGGAGGGGAACGGGGUGUUCUCUCCCACAGCCCCUUUCCUUCCCCCUCUCCCCAGUCCCCAGGCGCCCCGGCUGUCUCCUGCACCGUGAGCCAGCCCCCCUGAGCUCUGGGUUAGGUGGGCCACCCCCCCUCCUCCCCAUGGGAAGAUGUCUCAGGCCUCUCUCGGCCACCCCUCCUCAGCCCAAAGCCAAGUGGACCGGAACUGUGCAAAGCCACAGGACCUCUCCGUCUCCAGGACUCCGCAUGCGGGGGAAGGAGCACGUCUGUAUCUGCCAGGCUAGUGGCAACGAGGCAGUCAGGGUCCAGGCCCGUGGGAGUCUCUGGGAGGGCCCCAGGGGAGAGAAGUCCCUCGUGGUUUGUUUGGUGUGAAAAUUACUCCUUUCCUUCGAUUGCCAAACAGCGGAAGCCCACCCACCCCCCUGCCGGUGUGCCGGGCAGAGGUAAAGGGGGGGUGGUUGUAGAGUUGGUGGGGCUGAUGUUGGGGCCCGCAGCUUGCUGGGGUGAGGGUGGGGGCAGGCUUCGUGGCUCUAGGCCUGUUCUUUCCCCCCAAAUCUGUGCCCUGGGCUGCAGAGGAGGGCACCAGACCACCUUGUGUCACCCACACUGGGGGUGCCUCGCCGGCCCCCGGCCUCCCCCUCGCUAACCUCAGGCCCCCUUGGAAGCAGAAGGAGAAGGUCCCAGGGCUUCAAAACUGGAAGCACAGACCCCGGGAUGAGGAAGGGAAAGAUGGUGCUAUCUCCAAGUCCCUUCUCUCGCUCGUUGGCAGCUGUGAUGACCCUUGCUUGGCUUUAUUCAUCUCUGGGCUCUCUCAGUACCCCUUUGGGCCUCCUCCUCCUCCUGUCUUCACCUCAGGCUCCCCAGUUGACAUCUUUGCCUCCUUGUCCCUUCAGGGGACGGGGGGGACCCUGCAGGCAAAUCUCAGCAAUCAGGUCCUCACUGCUUGGGGGUUAACGGAAUAUUUUCCCCAAAUCAGAAGGAUGAAGAAAUGACUGUUGGCGGGGGGUUGGGGGGGAAGCCCCUGGGAAGCCCCCUGCCUGACCCAUCUCUCUCCUCUGGCCCUGGCCGAAGUGAAGGCAGGUGGAGGGUCUUUAUUGUUGGACGAUUUGGGGGAUGAGGGAGGCAGAGAGGAAACAGUUUGGGGAGCUUUGGGGGAGGCACGAGUCCACACCUUUCAAACUCUUGAUCUCAAAGCACAACUUGGAUUUGGGGA